UUUCUAUAAAAAUUUUUAUUUUGUCCACAACAACCGAUUUAUUGUCUCGACGGUUAAAAACAAUUGUAUAAAUAUUAUAUAAAAAUUUCAAUACCGGUUUAUUUGUAAUAAAUAAAUAAAUAUGAUAAAAUAUUGUGUAAUAAUAUUUUGGUGUUUUGCUAUUUCCCUAGUAAUUGUUCAGGAAAUUUCAGCUGAUGAAACAUGUCCGCGUGGUAAAAAUGAAAUAUUUCUUACAUUGGGUCCCAAUUGUGAUCGUGAAUGUGCUAAUUUGAAUAAACCUUGUGCAAAAGAAGGUGAACCACAUCGUACAGGUUGCUUUUGUCGCAAUGGAUUUGCCCGAGAUGAUGAGGGAAUUUGUGUACCGAUUGUGUUUUGUUCCAGAAUAAAUUCAAAUCAAUUGUAGUUUUAAAUGUACAACAGACAAAAAGGGAAACAAUAUUAUUAUCUUUAAAUACAAGUUAUAAUUGUUUAAAUUAAAAACAAAUCAACAAUAAUAUAUGGUCAGGCAAGGCCGACAAUAUGAUAUAAAAA